AUGGCUGCCCCCGCCCUCCUCCUGUGGCCCCUCCUGCCCCUCCUGGGGGGGGUCCCGCUUUUUGGGGGGGUCCCGGUUUUGGGGGGGGUCCCCAGAGGGGGCGUGGCCUGUCCCGGGGGCUGCGCCUGCGAGCGGAGCAGCGCGCGCUGCCGGGGGGGGGCGGGGGGGGUCCCGCGGGGGCUCCCCCCGGGCCUGGCCACGCUCUCCCUGCUCCGCUGGCACCUGGAGGAGCUGCCCCAGGGGAGCUUCCGGCACCUCCCGGCGCUGACCCUGCUCCUGGUGGCCUCGGGGCGCCUGCGCAGCAUCGGGGACGGAGCCUUCGACGGCCUGGGGGCGCUCGAGUACCUGUUCAUCGAGGAUUCCCAGCUGGGCUCCAUCGCCCCGGCCGCGCUCCGGGGGCUCCGGGGGCUGCUCUUCCUGAGUUUGGCCAACAACCGCCUGGAGUCGCUGCCACGGGGGCUCUUCAGGGACCUGGGGACACUGACACACCUGGACCUGCGCGGGAACCCGCUGCGCUGCGACUGCGCGCUGCGCUGGCUGCUGGCCUGGCUGGGCACCCGCCCCUCCCCCCCCGAGGGCCGCUGCCGCGCGCCCCUCCCCCACCUGGGCACCCCCCUGGCGCUGCUGGGACCCCGACAGCUGCACUGCCAGCGCCACGAGCUGCGGCCGUUCCAGUCGCUGCCGUUCUCGUCGCUGGGGGCCGAGCCCUUCGCGCUCGGGGGGCACCCGGGGGUGGCCCUGGCGCAGCCGGCGGCCGGAGCCUGCGCCCUGCUGGAGUGGGACCAGCUCGGGGGGAGGUUCCGCGCCCAGAGCGUCGUCAACGGCUCCGCGCCGGUGGCCUGCCACCCCGUCCCCGUGGGUGACACCCUUUUCCUGGUGGUGGCCCAGCUGCGCGGCGGCUCCUGGGUGUGGCGCCGCUCGGGCGGCCCCGGCUCGCCCUUCGUGCGCCACCAGGCCCUGGGCCAGGGCCACCUGCGCCGUCCCCACGCCGUGGCCGCCGCGCGCCUGGGCGGCCACCUCUACCUGGGCGUGGCCGACAGCUCCAAGGGCGGCACCAGCACCGUGUUCCGCUGGGCUUCCGGAGCCUUCUACCCGCACCAGGCGCUGCGGCCGUGGCGGCGCGACACGCACCUGGAGUUCCUGGAGCUGGGCGGGCGGCCGGCGCUCGUGGUGUGCGGCGCGGCGCGCCGGCCCCUGGUGUACCGCUGGGGCGGCGCCGGCUUCGCGCCGCACACCGACAUCCCGCACGUGCCCGACGCCUACGCCGCCCGGCACUUCCGCCUCGGGACGAGCGUCUUCCUGUGCCUCACGCGGUUCCUGGGCGACGCCAAGGUGAUGCGCUGGGAGGGCUCCAUGUUCCGCGAGGUGCAGCAGGUGCCGGCGCGGGGCUCGCUGGUGUUCCAGCCGCUGCUGCUGGCCGGCCACCGCUACGUCCUGCUGGGCAACGACUUCGCGCCCAGCCGCGUCUUCCGCCUGGGCGCCGGCGGCCGCCUGGAGCCCGCCCAGGAGCUGCCCGCGCCCACGCCCCGCGCCUUCGUCCCCGUCGCUGCCGGCCACCGCCACUUCCUGGUGGCCUCCAGCUUCAAGGGGGCCACCCAGAUCUACGCCCACGUCACCGAGGACAUCGGCACCUGAGGGGACGCGCGGGGACGCGGGGAGGUCCAGAGGGACAGCCGGGCCUGCUGCCGUGUCACCGAGGACCUGAGGGGACAGCUGGGGACGCGGGGUGGCCUCCGGCAUCAAAAUGGCCGCCUGGAUCGGCUGCCGUGUCACCGAGGACGUGAGGAUGGUGACAACCGUGUCACCAUGGAGCUGGGGACAUCAGGGGACGCGUGGUGGCAUCUGGAGGGACGUGGGGAUGGCAGCCACCACAGCAUCCCCUGAGGACACUUUGGGGACACCGUGGGGACAGCGGUGCCACCGCGGCCGCGUGCAGCUGCAGGGACGUGGGGACGUCCCCUGGGCUCGGUCACCACAGGGACAUCAACAGGACACCGGCAGGGACUGGGGCCACCAUCGCCCCAUGUCCCCAAGGGCACUGCUGACCCGAUGUCCCCAAGGCCACCAGUGAUCCAGUGUCCCCUCAUGGUGCCACCAUCACCCCAUGUCCCCAAGGCCACCGCUGACCCGGUGUCCCCAAGGCCUUGUGUCCCCUCCUGGUGCCACCAUGGGCCCGAUGUCCCCAAAUCCACCAUCACCCCAAUGUCCCUAAGGCCAUCACUGUCCCAAUGUCCCCAGAGCCACUGUCACCUCAAUGUGACACUGGUGCCACUGCCGUCCCGAUGUCCCCAAGGCCACCAUCAUCUUAGUGUCCCCUCCCGGUGCCACCAUGGCCCCGAUGUCCCCAAAGCCACCAUCAUUCUGAUGUCCCCAAGGCCAUCACUGUCCCAAUGUCCCCAAGGCCUUGUGUCCCCUCCUGGUGCCACCAUGGCCCCGAUGUCCCCAGGGCCACCACUGACCCCAUGUCCCCAGAGCCACUGUCACCCCGAUGUCACCUUGGCUUUGUGUCACUUUCUGGUGCCACCCUUGCUCCGAUGUCCCCAAAGCCACCAUCAAUGUCCCCUCCUGGUGCCACCAUGGCCCCGAUGUCCCCAAGGCCGUUGUCACUCCAGUGUCACCACUGGUGUCACGUCCCCUCCUGAUGCCACCAUCGCCUCAGUGUCCCCAAGGACUCGUGUCCCCUCUGGUGCCACUUUUGCUCUGAUGUCCCCAAGGCCACCAUGGCCCCAAUGUCCCCAAAGCCACUGUCACCCCAAUGUCACCUUGGCU